AUUUCCUAGAUCGAGAAGAAGAAGAAGAAGAAGCAGCAGAACGACAACGGUGGUGGGUGUCUGACAGAAAGUUGUGAACUUGUCAACAGUGAACUCGUAGUCCCUCUGCGUCUUGUCGUCAUUUUCUACCUGUCAAGAUGGCCUGGACCACAAAACAGCUGAUUUUGGCAUUUAUAAUGGUUCUUACGGGGUCGAUUAAUACCCUUUCUACAAAAUGGGCAGACACGAUGAAAGCAAGUCACAAAAAUGGCGAAGAGGACAGUUUCAAUCAUCCGUUCUUUCAAGCAGAUGGCAUGUUCUUAGGUGAAAUAUUAUGUAUGGUGACGUUUUAUGUUCUACGUUGUAUUACUCGACGACAGAGGCAGGAACAAGUUGAAAUGUCACCAAGUAGUCAAGAGGCUGGUCAGUUUCCCAAGUAUAUAUUCUUCGUUCCAGCUAUGUGUGACAUGUUAGCCACAUCAACCAUGUAUCUGGGCUUGACCUUAACAUAUGCCAGUUCAUUUCAGAUGUUGAGAGGUGCUGUAAUUGUAUUUACUGGCCUUCUGUCUGUGGCAUUUCUUGGUCGCAAGCUCCGUUACUACCAUUGGAUUGGUAUCUUGUCUGUCAUUGCUGGUCUGGUUGUAGUUGGAGUAUCAGAUUUCUUGGGAAAUACAGCAGAAAGUGAAUAUACUCUUAAUGGUAUUAUCACAGGUGAUCUCCUCAUUAUUGCUGCUCAGAUUGUCACAGCAUCUCAAAUGGUGAUAGAAGAGAAAUUUGUCACCCGCUAUAAUGUUCCUGCUCUUCUUGCUGUUGGUUGGGAAGGAUCAUUUGGUUUCAUAGUUCUUUCAAUCCUUCUGAUUGCCAUGUACUGGAUACCAGCUGGUAUUUUUAGUGGUAAUCCACGAGGUGUCUUGGAAGAUGUUCCGGAUGCUUUCUAUCAGAUGGGGUCCAAUCCUGUACUUAUUGCUGCUGUUUUAGGCAACAUAAUUAGUAUAGCAUUCUUCAAUUUUGCUGGUGUUAGUGUUACAAAGGAAUUAACUGCCACGACGAGAAUGGUCCUAGAUUCCGUUCGAACUCUUGUAAUAUGGCUGUUUUCAUUGGCAGUUGGUUGGCAAGAUUUCCAAUAUUUGCAGCCUAUUGGAUUUACUAUACUUGUGAUUGGCAUGUUCAUUUACAACGAUCUAGUCUUUUUGCCAUUUGCAAGAAGUAGAGGUUGGAUUAAUGAUUCUGAAGGUGAAGAUACAGAACCAGUCAUUCCACCAAAUUCUUCCAGCAGAUCUGCAGGAUCAUUUGCAAAAGAUAGCCCAGAUGCUGCAGUGGAGCCCAUGUAAUGACCCUGCACAGGCAUUGUGUAUUCAUAUUGGUUUGAUCGAGAAAUUUACAAAUAUUCCCCCUCUGAAUAAUA